CGGAAAAAAAUAAUUUAGUGUUGGUAAAUAGUUGAUUGAUUUUUAGUUGAAUAAGCUAUACUUUAGGUAAAACAACUUGUCCAUUAGCUACCAUUACUAUUCUAAUUAGGUGUAAGUACUAGACGAGUAUAGGCAAAAUAAUAUUUGUAUGACGACUACAUUGAAUAGUUCAAUCCAAAUCUGACUAUAAUAUUUAAUUAAUUUAACUAUAAUCAAAUAGUUAGACGAGAAGUCAGCUAUCGAAUUUGGGUUGAAAUAAUAAUUAUUCGUUUCUAUUUAUAAGUGUUUCUCGGUUCUCCCAAGACGCGUGAUAAACUGUUUUCCCCGCCACCCACAGUGACCGUCCGCACGUCCACACAUCAUACCAAAUUUGUUUUCCGUUGCCCACCGUCUACAACAAACACUUAUUUUAUUAAUUGUAAAUUGUAUUACCUACUGGUUUGUGCCGUACUGUCAUCGUCGUUAUUCUCACGUUCAACAAGAAUUUAUGCUCGGAUUUUUGUGAUUAGCAUUUAGCUGUGUUAGAAUCGUGGUGUCUACUAAGCCAAAGCUUCUGAGAUAGGUAAGUAAGUUAUAUCAUAUAGUAUAAGAUCUAUUCAUUUUAAAUUACUUCUAUGCCAUUCUGUUAUGCAUGAUCAAUAAUAAUUUGUUAUUUAUAUUUUAUAUACACAUAUAAGUUACAAGUUAUAACUUGGUUUGUUCCUUUAAAAAUGGAUGACUGGACAAUAACAACAUUAAAAAAUUGGAAUAUGUCCGACUCAGUGAUUGCCACAUUUAAAGAUGAAGAAAUUGAUAAAAAUUCAUUUUUGAAACUAACAGAAAAUAUGAUUAAAACUUUAAUUCCUAAGAUAGGACCCCAAGCAAAAUUUUUAUCAAAUUUAAAUGAACUUAUAAGCGAGCUUAAAAGUCAUGGUGAUAUUAAGAUUCCUAAUGAAUUCAACCAGGGUGCCCAAAAUCAAAUUGAUGUUCAUCAACAAUUAAAUUAUAUUGAUAGUAUUGAUGAAAUACAAGUUCUAGAUUUAAAUACUAUUAAUAUUAUAAACCAAGCAACAGAACAUAAUGAUAUAACAAAUGGUGUAACACAAAUUAACAGUUACUCGAACCAUCAGGCACUUCAGACUGAAUCGCAACAUUCACAACACAUAAAACAAAUUUUGGAAUGCUCUAUUGAGGGAAAAAAUGUGUAUUCCUACUACCAGCAAAAUGGAUGUUUGACUUUUGCUAUGAGAACUAAACUGGUUCGAUUGGUAAUUGAUUCUGAAAUUCAUAAAAGUCCUGAUGAAAAGUUAUCAAUUAAUACUAUACAUAAGCUAGCUUUAGGUAUAGUUGAACUUUUCCCCCAUGAAUCCGUUCAUACAUAUUUUAUACCGUACAAAAAAGAACAACAACAUGUUCGUCCCAAUCGUGGAAAAUUGUGGGACCGCUAUUGUAACAUAAGAAAAGACAUUAGAAAAUUACAAAAUGCUAAUGAUAAAAAUAGUAAUAACAGAAAUUUAAACAUCAUGGAUAAUUUAAUCGUCAAUGAUGAAGACCUGGAGGACAAUCUAUUAUGGUUAAAAAAUAAUCGAGAACCUGUACACACAGUUAUUGAAAAAUGGACACUAACUAGUAGCUAUAGAUAUAAAAAAUUGUUAUCGAGCGAGACAGAACAUUCAUAUUUUAAGCAGUAUCCUGCGAUUAGCGAUCCAUAUGGGUACCAGUUGAUAGAAAUAGAUUUUGAUAGAAUGUAUCCAGGAAAAGAAGUGUCUCUGUUUAAUAUAUUUCCUAAUUUUGUCAAAACUAUAUCAAAUUAUAUCAAUAAGUUCAAACCUCAAUUAGAAAAAGAUACAAAAUGUGCACGAUUGUUAAGAGAACUUAAUACACCUACUGAACAAGAUGCUUAUGUACCUGCUCUAAGUCUUCUUCCGAGAAUAUUUCCAUCUUUAACAGUAAGCAAGUCAUCCUGUAAGAAUUUUGCAAAAAAGAAAAAAACUGAAAAUUGGAGACCUUCGUACACAGAAGUCUUGGAAGGUUUUAUUUGCUUUAUAAAGAAUGCUGCUCAGUUGAAAGAAAUAUACGACCAAAAAGAAACUAAAGCUAUUAAGUAUGGAUUUACUGUUCAGCCAUAUGUAACUUUGCUUUGCCCUUAUCCGAAUGAUGAUCUAGCGGUAACAGCGUCGUAUGUUGUAAUUAACAAAUUUGUAUAUAAAGUUGAAACACCACUAAAAGCUGUAGAUAUCUGUUUCAAGAGUUUCUUUGUUCUCAAUUUGAGUUAUCCUACAGAGUGUGAUCAUGUUUGGGCAUUUGUCCAAAAGUUCUUUUAUGACAUAAACACCAACCAUGACAAGCAGUAUCAAUCUGUCGAUAACACAAUAAAUGAUUUUAAGUAUAUACAAAAUUUAUCAGAAUAA